AUGUUUCAAAGUAAAGCUUACAUCGAGCGUAGACAUGGCAAAACUGGCACAGACAGAGCAUACUAUCUCAAUCAACUCGUGCAAGAAUAUAAAACGACAGAGAGCAAAGAGGCUAAACAGCAAGUGCUGGCCAAUCUGGCUAAUUUUGCUUACGACCCUAUCAACUACAGCACGCUCUGGGAUCUCCAUGUGGUAGAUUUAUUCUUGGACGCCCUGACAGAUAACGAUCCGCUAUUACGAGAAUUUGGAGUAGGAGGACUAGCCAACAUAUGUUUAGAGCCUCGCCAUCAUGAAUACAUUAUGUCUCAGCCAGUCUUUCGACACAGGAUUGUCCAGUGUCUAAAAACAGAAUACUCGUUGAAUACCAAGGUAAACGCAAUGACUACGUUAAUGCAACUGAUAACAGCAGAAAAUUACACCACCAUCUUGACAGACGAAUUAAGGUCGCAUCUUCAAAAGAUAGUAAUGAAUAAACAACAAAUACAAGCAAGCAACAUGGCAGCGCUCUUCUUGCUCGACUAUUACCAUCAACCAUAUUAG